AUGAUAUGGAUGCCGGCUGCGGUGUUGGCUGUACGCUAUCCGGCUGAUCAGUCGAAAUCCCUGGGAUUUGUGGCGUUCGCUUUCAUGCUCAUCGUGAUGAGCAUCAACACGGUGCACGUGCUCUCGAACGGGACGCGUAUCGUGGAACCGACUGAACAACAACCUCUAGACACUUUCGAUGAGGGAACUUUUGCUUUUGAUGCUUUUGAUGAGUUUGGAAAUGCGAUCGUGCCACUCAGCAAUGAUGAGAAUCACGCAAAUGAAAGCAUUGAAAGGAUUGAUGGCAAUGAGGCUACAGGAUCGACAAGUUCGAGUGAGAAUGAAUCGGAUGAAGACGAAGAAGAGGAUGAUACGAAUUCGAAUGAAGGCGAUGCACACGUUGAAGAGGGACAACGU